AUGAAAACGGAAGAUUUCUCAUCAUGCUGUGCAAGCACAACAUUUGCUAACAAAAUGGCUUUGGCCUCUCCAUUCUCUUCAUUGGAACAUGCAAUUACGGUUGCCAGAGACAUAUGGUCACGUAAGUUGAAUGUGAGGUCUUGGUUGGAGGCUUUAUCGGGUCGAUCUUGUUAUAAUGAAUAUUUGGAAACGGCAAACGAAGCUACUGUGCAGGAACUUCAUGAAUGGGGUUCAAGGUACGAGGAGAAAUUUGGAUAUGUUUUUGUGACAUUUGUAGCUGGUAGGACAUCUGAAGACAUACUUGCUGAACUAAAGAUGCGCGUUAGUAACUCGCAUGGUGUUGAGUUGGAGAUUGCUUCAAAAGAGGAAUUGAAGUAUAUAGAACGUGCUAUUAGAGAGCUUCUUUCCAAGAAAUCUGUCCAAACUACUGACGAAGGAGACGUGUCACCUGAAUAUUCAGGCGAAAUAGUUGCUGACACUCUAGAUGGAGCAGACACUGAUUCAGAAGAUGAUUUAGAUGCUAUCUCCUCCGGUGGAAAUGACAUCUCCAGGGAUGUUGAGCUUAAUAGGGUUCUAGAAGAAGACAAUGAAACUUUAAACACCCAACACAGAGAAGAUGCCGUACAUGCUGCAAAAAGGGGUUUCGAUCUCAACAAGCUGCCAUGGUUUGGAGAUGAGUUAUCGGAUCCGGUAUCACGUUCGUGCAGCGCUUUUUUGACAGAGUAUUUCUGA